AUUAGUUUUCUGUUAUUCAUUCUUACUGUGUGUGUGUUUUGGUUUUCAGAUGCCAAGAUGCAGGAAUUUGACCAGGACUCCUUGGGCCUGCCUGAUAUCCUUCCUGAUGAUCUCUCAAACUUUUUGGACGAUGACUACUUAGUUACUCACCUGGAUCCAGCCAUGCUCUUCAAUAUGGAUCUUGGUGUUGACUGCGUGGAUGAAAUCAUCCUCAACAGUGAGGCGUCUAUGGCGAUGGAGGCCCCCCCUCUUGCUAACCACAAAGAGCAGGGAAGACAGAGCAAGACAAAAACUAAACCUAAAAGGAAAAGACAGAGAGAUGUCAUGUCUAAACAGUGCAACAGCAACUCCAGAGUGAAAAGGCAAAAAGCAAUAGAUUCACCUCAACCCCAAGAGGCAACUGCUGAGCCAUCUCUCAUUCAUGGUACCGAUGCUGAAGCAGUACCAGUUCCAGCAGAGCCUAUAGGAGGCCUCUCCACCCCCCAGCCAGGAAUUUUCCACGUGUUUCGCCCCCAGUCAGCCAAUUCCAUCCCAUUUCAAUUCAUCCCAUUCCAAGAUUCAUCUGCUUAUAAGGUGGUCCAGCUGUCCUCCUCUCCUCCUCCAAUCAUUAGACUCCCACUCCCCAAUUCAGCUGCUAUGCCCACAUACAUCUUUGUUCCAGCACCUUCUCCGCCCUGCAAACGCCAACUUCCACCCCUCUCCCCAGUUGAUGGAACAGUGGCACCUGUUCUGGUGAGUUCAUUUCAGCCAGGAUCCAAGUCAGAUAAGGCAUGCAAAGCCAUGUCCCCCACUACUGCACCAUCUCCAUCACCCACGAACGAUUUGUCCCCUUGUAAGGAGCCACCUAAGUCUCCCACAGUUGUUGAAAUCCCCCAGACUGUGAAAGACUAUAUCCAGCAAUCUAAAACACACAUGAGUCAAAAAUGCCUGGAUAUGGAGGCAGGCCUACAGCUGACAACCCAUUAUGUGGAUGUGAGUGUGAGCCAGAGAGAGAUUGUUCGCGCUGGGAAAAACACAAACAGGUGUCUGGAUAAGGAGCUCAUCAUCACUGGAGAUAUAGAUCGUCAAAAAAGCUCAGUGGGGCAAAGUCAGAUCUUUGACAGCCUAAACGGUAAACGUUACAAUUUGCUAUUCGGCAAUGCUGGCAUGGGGAAAACAACUCUGAUUAAGAAGCUGUGUUUGGACUGGUCCAAAGACUUGAUCCCUCAGUUCGACUUUGUCUUUUUACUAGACGGCAAACAGCUGAAUUUAACAGAGCCUGUCCACAGUCUCCAGACGCUGCUGCUUAACCAGUCCUCCUUCGCUCCCCCCUGCACUGACCCCGAAGGAGUGUACGCUCAGAUCCUCUCAGCUCCUAAACGGGUUCUUGUUGUUUUUGAUGGGUUUGAUGAGCUGCGGGACUAUGAAAUGCUGCUGCAGACGCAAGAGAAGGAAUUGGUAGCUGCGCUGCAAAAAGACAGUAAGGCUCAGGCCUUUACGGUGAAGCAGCUGUUCUCAGGAAUCCUUCAGAGGGUCCUGCUCCCGGGAUGCACGCUCCUCCUCGCCACCCGCCCAAGAGGCACAGCCAACCAGCUGCUACGGCGCGCAGACAGCUUUCUGGAAGUCUGUGGGUUCACUCCAGAAAAUGUGGAGACGUACGUGUCUCAGUACUUCUCUGAUACUGAACUUCGAGCGUCUGCUUUGGACCUCUUAAAAAGCUGCAGCUACUUGAAGCUCCUCUGCUGGAACCCUGCACUCUGCCAUUUAGUGUGCACUGUUUUAGAGCAUGGCAAAGGUUCAGAGGCCUUACCGAGAACUUUAACUGCACUCUGUCAUGAGGUGCUCAGUUUGAAAUUGGAAAAAGUCAGAGGAAGCACAGAGUCGCCUGCUGAGCCAGAGAAACAAAAUAAUGCUGCACAUGUAGAGGAACCUCUGAGUGAAAUCUCAAACAGUUCUCAGGGAAGGAGGGGGGAGAGGAAAAAACACACUAGAACCCGAGGUGUAACGCACAAUGCUUCACGGAGUCAAAGAGCGAGGAGGAGGAAAGGACAGGAGAAAAAUGAUGAGGAGAAUGUUUGCAAGGACACUAACAGCUCACAGGGAGGAGAAUUGUUGUCUCAGCUAAGCUCUCUAGCUUGGGAGGGGAUCAAAUCGAACUCGACCACAGUUCCAAGGGGACGGGGUGUUUCCCACAAAGUCAGAGAGUUUGGCUUGAGGACAGGUCUGCUGCUUUCUCAGUCCCUAACGACAAGGACAACUUUCCAAACAGAGAGCGUCGGGGGAGGUGGGGGAGGAGAUAACAGUGGGAUGGAAAAAGUACAGGAUGAAGAGAGCAAAAGCAAAGAAGGAAAGACCUUUGAUGUGGAUGAAGACAGCCUCCUGUUGUGGGCCAAUCCCUUUCUUCAGAGUUACAUGGCUGCUGUCCAUCUGUCUUUGUCAAGGACUGUGACAGACCGCACCUUUGUCCAGACCCUGCCUUUCCAUACAGGGGGAAAAGGCAGACGGAAACCUCAGAGGGAGGAGCUAGAGCUCACCCAGCGCUUCGCAGUGGGCCUCCUUUUCCACAACAGGACAGAGCUCAAGAGGCUUCAUUCAUGCUCUGACAUUAUAUUCAGGGACAUGGUUCCCAGCAAACAGGCUUUGGUGAUGAAACACCUAGAAGGUCUAUCCUUCGGGGACCUGAGUUCAGCUCAGAUCCUGGAGGUUUGCAACUAUGUCUAUGAAGCAAGUUUCACACACAAAGACAGUGGCACGGACGCUGGUGGGAAAGUCCUGGAUCAUCUAGCUGCACAUCUUCCUGAAUUUGUUACAUUUCGGGGUGUUCCCCUGAAUCCGCCCGAUGUGUUUACAGUACAGAGCAUCCUCAGCAAGGCCGGAGCUGAGGGCAGGGGUUUUCGUUUGGAUCUGGAGGACUCUGGGAUAAAGAUCUGUGGACUUAAAUCUUUGGUGGGCCUCAGCAACAUCAAUACAUACAGGGCUUGCAUAGCAGACGUCAUCACCCUCUGGGAGGAGCUAGAGACGGAUGCUGAGGAAGCUCUCCUGCAAGGAGCUGUGUCCAAAUUCAAGAUCCAUCCACUGAAAGCCACACAAGUCUGCCAUAUAGAGCAUCUAGAGAAGCUUGUCAGCAUCCAUACCCGCAGGAGGCUCUCAGACAGCUCCAACCAGUCAGUUUCCGUCCUGGCAGAGGGGGUACCAGCUGUUAAAGAGCUAUACAAGCUUGAAUUUGAGCUUGGCCCAGAAAAUGGACCCUUAGCUCUUCCUAAGCUGUGGGACCUUCUUCCUGGUCUACAUAACCUUCAGCACUUGGAUUUGGAAAACAGUAAGAUUGGAGACAAAGGAGCAGAGAAACUGGCAAAUGCAUUAGUCUCGCUUCACUCUCUGGAGAUACUAAAUUUGUCCGAGAACUGCAUCGGAGACCAAGGCUUGAAGAAACUAGCCGUCGUUUUGAAGGACCUGCCCAAACUGCACUGUUUAAGUCUCUACAGUAAUGUGAUUUCUGAUGAAGGGGCAGAGAGUUUAGCAGCUGUCCUCCCACACAUGGCUUCUCUCACAGAACUUGACGUGAAAUAUAACAAGAUGACAGAUGUUGGAGCACAAAGCUUGGGAGCCAGUUUGAAAAACUGUGAAAAAGUUAAAACUUUAAGGAUGUGGAACCAGUGCAUUCCAUAUGGAGUUUUUGAGAGACUUCAGCAGCAGGACAGCCGCAUCCUCUGGCACUAAGCUUAAUCCUAAAAACAGAUCUGCCUUACACUGAACUCAUACAUCUUAUGUAUACAUAUGAACACUAACAUUUAAGUGUUCUAAAGCAUGUAAAACAUUACACAAACAGAAAAACUAGCAUAUGAACAUUUGCACUACAAUGAUCAGCUGCUGAUUUACUCACCAGGUAAAGAUUCUGUCUUUAAAGGGAUCACAUGAACACACCCACAUCACUCAGGCUCACUCGUGUGGUAUGCUUCAAACAAUAUUUGAACAAAACUUUGCACAACUUUAUAAUCUCUGUAUAGAAAGCUAAUUUUUAUCCUUUUUGAUAUUUUUUAGGGACAUUUUCUUUUGUGUUUGUCUUUGAGGGAGUGCAAACUAAACAUUUCCUGGCUACUUUUAUAAACACAAGUUGUUUAGUGGUGUUGUCACAUGUUUAUUUUUUCAUGUCCCUUUCUGAAUGCAUGGGUUUAUUUAAAACCCCAAACUUUCGCUUCUCCUUUGGGCAUGUUUCUGUUCUCUAUUUUUGCACAGACUGACCUUUCAGACUACAGCACUGUUCAUGGCUCUCUAGAUGUGUUAUGGAAGCACAGUAUCUACAGCAUUAACAUUUGUACUAUGUUUGGAUGAAAUGUUACAGAAGGGAGGCUGAAUCAUGUCGAUGGUGCCAAUGGCCUCUCAUGGAAUGAAAUUCCAAGUAAAGGACAGAUUAAAUAAAUGAAUU